GGAGCACAAUAUUUUAUUUUCUUUUCCCCAGAUUUCCUUCAAACCAAAAGGAAAGUUUGAGAUUUUCAAAUCCAAUAGAAAACAGGUUAAUAGAGAUGAAUUUGAAAGAAGCAUUAUGGAGCAAGACAAUAGAUUCAAACGAACCUCCGUCUCCACCGUCGUCAUCGCCGAGAGACCCAGAAUCAGAAGCAGCAGGGGCUGCUGCAACGAGUGCCGUUGAAGAACUAGUUAACUCUCUUAAAAAGAAACGAAUCUACAGAGAAGUCACCCUCGCUCUCCGCACCGGCCUCCGUGACGCCCGCGCCGAGUUCUCUUUCCUCCGAGUCCGUGGCCUCCGCUUCCUCCUCAAAUCCCUUCGAUCUAUAGCUCAAUCUGACUCCUCCAUCGGUCUCUUUUCACAAACUCAGUCCAUCCCCGAGCUCCAAGUGGUUCCGGUGUUGUUUGAGCACUCUUUGAAAGAAACAGUGGAUGAAAAGGUCGGAAGCUUGGAUCACACAUUCAGCGUGGAACCAAUGAAGGUUAAAAGUCCUUCCACGGAUUUAGAAGUUGCUCUUGCGCUUAGAGUCUUGGAAGGUUGCUGUCUACUUCAACCUGAAAGCACUCAUUUGGCCCAUCAACAUAAAGCCAUCCCGGUUUUGAUGAAUGUCUUGUCAACUCGAGGAGUUCUUGAGCAAGGUGCAUGUCUGGAUGCUUUAAUCUCAAUAAUGUUGGAUUCCUCAGCCAAUCAAAUGGAUUUUGAAGCAUGUAAUGGCAUCGAGGAAGUUGCAGAGCUCAUACUAGACAAGCAAGUGGACGAAAAUCUCAGAUUGAGAUGUGGAGAGUUCUUGCUUCUACUCAUUGGGCAUUUAAAUGGAAGGGAAGGGUCUCCCAUGGCAACCAUUCAUGAAGAGGUAAGACGACUUUUAGGUGAAAAAUCUGCUUCGUUGAUAUGGGCUGCAAGUCAGUUCGGCUCAACCCUUGAUCCAGACCAGAGACUAACAGCUCUUCACAUCCAGGCUCGUCGGGUUCUAGAAUCCCUAGAUUUGUACUGAGUUUUAAUUUCUGUUGCUUCUCUCUAUAUUGCUUGUAGUUUCAUGGAAAAUCAUUGUUGAUUUUAGAAGAAUGCAAAGAUGUUACUGUAUCGGACCAGCACUCUGGUGGUUGUUAGCGACUGCUAGGUAAGUUAGGGGAGAAUAUUGCAGAAAUUCUGAUCCUAUGAUUCAUUCUAUACUUGUACAAAAGAACGAUACAAAGCAGAAAGAAUCAUAUGCAUUUACCAAUCAAUUAUUUUCGUGUUAUGGUUUAGUUUGUCUACACUAGAAUACAUCAGACAUCAUUCAUGUCUUAUGU